AUGGCCAUUGAUACUGAAGAAGAGGCGAUUUUUGAAUUCCUAGAAGCUUUAGAAGUGGAGCCAAAGCCAUCUGAACAAAGCCUAAGAAGACAAAACUCAAAAAACAAGAAGCUGUUGGAAUACCCAGUUCACGUCGGUAUUUCUAUUAAUACUCCUUUAAUUGAUUCACUUGCAAAAGUUCCAGAAUACGCGAAGUUCCUCCAAGACUUAAUAGACACUCGCCAAGAAUUAAGGAAGAAUUGCAAGGUCAUUCUAAGUGAACAAAGCUCAAGGGUUGUAUUGGGAGAGAUACCUAAAAAGAUGGGAGAUCCUAGACGCCUCACUCUUCCAUGUGAGUUUGGAAAUAAUUUGAAGACAUAUCCUUUAGCCAGUUCUGGGGCUAGCAUAAGCAUAAAUUUGAUGCCAUUUUCAUUCUAUCAAAAAUUAAAUAUUCAGAAGAUGAAGGCUAUGAAGAUGACAAUCCACAUGGAAAACCGUUUAGUGACUCACCCAAGAGGGAUAGUAGAAGACAUCCUUGUAAAAAUUGGGAAAUUCGUUUUCCCAGUUGACUUUGUAGUGAUUGACAUGAAAGAGGAUGUGAAUGUCCCUAUCAUUCUUGGUCGCCCUUUACUAAAUACUGCUAGGGCUCUUGUCGAUAUUCGAGAAUCCAAGCUCACGUUGAGGGUUGGUGAUGAAGAAGAAACUUUUGGACUACAAGAUGGUUUCCAAGGAUAUGAUGUCCAAGGUGAAGUGUUCAAUAUUGAAGAUGAUAAUGAGCUUGCAUAA